AAUUUAUCUAGAGGAAAAAGUCAAAACAAACAGCGCUACGCCAUCGGUCCCCUGCCCCUCCCCGACGCUUCCGGCUUUCCGUGCGACCGUGCCCUUUUCCUCCUCUCGCAGCUCGCAGGCGCAACAGAUUCCACCCGUUCCUUCGGGUGGCCGGACGGAACGAGGAAGGAGGCAGGAUGGCCUCCGAUGGCCACCCGCCGGAGCCGGGGAAGAAGGAGGAUGUCGCCACCACGGCCGCCGGGCCUGGAGCAAACGAUCUGGACGACCCGCAAUUCAUGUGCUGCGUAUGUCUGGAUCUUCUGUACAAACCAGUUGUUAUAUCAUGUGGUCAUAUGUCAUGUUUCUGGUGUGUCCACAAAGCUAUGCAUAUUUUCCGGGAAUCGCAUUGUGCUGUGUGUAGGCAGCCCUAUAUACACUUCCCGAGUAUUUGUCAGCUCUUGCAUCAUUUGCUUCUAAAGCUUGAAACUAAUGAUUACAAAAGAAGGGAAAAAGAAGUACUAGAGGAAGAGAAGCGCAUGCAAACAUACUCUCCCCAAAUCAUUGAGUUCUUAAACUACAAGACUAACGUUGGAAGCUAUAAGGAGAACAGAAAUGAAGACAGUAAAGCUAGACCUCCACAAGAAGUUCCAUUGAAUGACAGCGUUCCAGAUGAGCAUUUGAAGAAAAUUAAAUUGGAGGAUGUUUCAUGCCCUCUCUGUAUGGAGAUGCUGUAUCAACCUGCUGUUCUUAAUUGUGGUCAUGUGUAUUGUGUAUCCUGUUUGUCAUCCUUGAAUGAGGAAACGCUGAAGUGCCAUGUUUGUGGAAGUCUUCACCCUGGAGAUUUCCCUAAUGUUUGCCUGGACCUUGAUCAUUUCCUUGAAGAAUAUUUUCCAGCAGAAUAUGAAUUGAGAGGGCAGAAAGUUCAAUUUAAGAAGGAUCAGUGCAAUCGUGAAACAUCAUCUUCAGAUAGGUGGCUGUCGGGACAUAGAAUUGCAGAUUUGACUCCACGGUUAUUCAGAACUAUUUCUAAGCAAAGGACUAAUCGGAGAACAGUAUUGGACGCUCUUUCCAAUCACAGCUGGAUUUCGGACAUUCAGGGGGGCCUUUUAGUGGGUGUUAUCAACGAGUAUCUCCUCCUGUGGGAUUUAUUAGAUUUGGUUCAGCUAAGACCUCAUGUUGAAGACAAGCAUUUCUUUCGCCUUGCUGCCAAUGGAAAAUAUUCUUCCAAGGAAGCUUAUAGGGGUUUCUUUAUUGGGUCAAUUGAGUUUGAGCCUUUUCAUAUAAUUUGGAAGACUUGGGCUCCUCCGAAAUCUAAGUUUUUCAUGUGGUUGGUCGCCCACAAGAAGGUGUGGACAACUGAUAGGUUGCAAAGAAGAGGUAUGGAUCAUCCGGAGAGAUGUCCAUUAUGUGAUCAGGAUCAGGAAACCUUAAAUCAUAUGUUGUUGGGCUGCGUUUUUGCUAGAGAAUUUUGGUUCAAGCUGCUGCUUCUUGUAAAUCUACAACACUUGGCCCAUCAGUCCUGUGAAGGGGUUUUUAUGGAUUGGUGGCAAGACUUGAGCACCAAGAUUCCUGGGUUUGCAAGAAAUGGUCUUAAUUCUCUUGUCAUUCUUGGUGUUUGGACCCUUUGGAAACAUCGCAAUGGCUGCGUUUUUGACAAUAAGAGUCCUAGUGUUGCUGUUGCUAUUAGAAGUGUUGGUUUGGAGAUUGAUCUUUGGGUUAUGGCUGGUGCAAAGAAGUUGUCCUUGCUUACUGCCCCCAUCCCAGGCAGAAAAGGAAGCACUAGGGCACUGCAUGCUGAAGACCCGUCAAAUAUUCACAUUGGAGUAGGAUGCGACUCAUGUGGGGUAUAUCCGAUACGUGGUAAGAGAUACAAAUGCCAGGACUGCACUGAGUUAAUAGGCUUUGACCUUUGCGAAGCCUGCUACAACUCCAGUUCAAAGCUCCCAGGACGCUUUAACCAGCGGCACACCCCUAAUCACAGAAUGGAAGUUGACAAUUCAGCACUCGUGCAUAGGAUACUGAGACACCAUGGCAUACCCGAGGAAGGCCCUGAGGGACUGAUGAUGGAAGUGGUUGGUCCUGAUGCAAUGGUGCAGAUACUCAUUGAUAAUCAAGGAAUGGAGGAGGGCAAUGACGAGGGCCCAGGAGAGGCGGCCAUUGAAGAACCAGUUGGUUCUCUUGGCUCAAUGUCGCGUCUGUCGCAUCUAUUCAUGUAUAAUCCAGAAAUGGAGGAUGGCAAUGACGAGGACUCAGGAGAGGAGGCGGCCAUUGAAGAACCAGUUGGUUCUCUUGGCGCAAUGGCGCCUCUAUUCAUGUAUGAUCAAGAAAUGGAGGACAACGAGGAGGAUCAGGCACACUAGAUGCAGAUUGCACCAGCUGCAGCGAAGCCUUUGUUUUGUGUUGCUGGGGCGGCUCUACUUAUGUAAUGUGGAAUGGAGGGAUUGCGCAAGCUUAAAAGUAUGGCUGGAUCGGCCUUGUUUUUUAACUGGUUCUCUAGUUACUGCCAUCUAAUAGCCAACAUUUUUCCCGCUUUUGUAAAUCCGUGCAGUUGUUUGUUUCAAAGGAAAAUGCAAUAAGGAUAUGCAGAACUAUAUUCCUUAUUUUAAACUCUA